AUGGACGAGCAAGAUCCCGGCCUGCACUUCUUUCCUGACGGCAAUGUCGACCUGUACGGCACGCUCGGCGUCGACAAAGACGCCACACAGGAACAAAUCAAAAAGGCCUACAAAAAGCUGGCGCUGAAGUUUCAUCCGGACAAGGUGCUCUCGUCGGCGUCGUCGGGCGGCGCCGAGGAUGCGAUCCAGCAGUUCCAAAAGAUCGGCUUCGCAUACGCCGUGCUCUCGGACGAGGUGCGUCGGCGCAAGUUCGACAACACCGGCUCCACCGCCGAGCUCAUGUUUGGCGAGGGCGAUGCGGAUUUCGACUGGAACGACUACUUCAAGCAGCUCUGGACCGGCGAAGUGUCGCGCCAGACGCUCGACGACUUUAAGCGCAAGUACCAGAACUCGUCCGACGAGAAGGACGACAUCCUCGAAGCGUACAACGACACCAACGGCGAUCUGGCGGGUAUCUUUGACCACGUCCCCUGCUGCGAGUUUGUUGCGGACGAGGCGCGCUUCGUCGCGCUCAUUGACGAUGCGAUUGCCGCCGGCGAGCUUCAGGCGACGCCCGCGUGGAAGCGCAGCAAGAGCGCCGAAGGCCGCAAGGCGCUGCGUGCCAAGGCGCAGGGCGAGGCGGCCGAGGCCGAGAAGCUCGCCCGGGAACUCGGCGUGUGGGACGACCUUUUUGGCGACGCCAAGGCCAAGGCCAAACCCACCAAAGCAGCCGGCAAGGACACCAAGACCAAAGCGGCGCGUGGAAAGGCCAAGUCGAGCAACGACGACGACGACGACCUCGGCGGCCUUGCAGCGCUGAUCCAGCGCAAGAAUCAGAACCGCGCGUCCAAGUUUGACGACAUGAUCGCCAAGCUCGAGGCCAAGGCGGGCGUCAAGGAGAAGCGUCCCACCGACGAAGAGUUUGACCGCAUCCAGGCCGACAUGCUCGCGCGCAAGAACGGCGGCGCAGCUGCCAACAAGGAGAACAAGAAGCGCACCGCAGCAUCGUCAGCGUCGACAGCAGCGUCGAAGAAGAAGGCCAAGAACGAAGCGAUCACAUCAUCCCGACCUUCACCCUUCACCUCGUCUCCACCGCAGCGAAACCACACUACGAUCAUGGUUGGCGCUGCAUUUGGGCGCGCCACGCUGCAGGCUGUGGCGCGCGCCACUACGGCGUCCAGCUCGUCGCUCGGAUUGUCGCCGUCAUCGUCGUCGCGCAUCACAGCGGCGCUGCAGGCGUCGGCACGCAGCUCUUCGCUUGGCCAAAGAUACCUACACGCAGUGUCGUCCACGACGCAGGUAGCCACUACGCCGCCCGUGGCGGUCAAGAUCACUUCGACUCCGGCGCAGCGCACGCGCAAGGAGCGUCGUACAGCGAUGAAGGAGCAGCGCAAGGCGGCGAAGCGCAAGAUCGCCGAGUCGAGCGUGUCGGCGCGGCUGGGCGUGUCGACGACGACGACGACGCCGUUCGUGCGCAAGGACCGACAGUUCAAGACGUUCAAGCCCAUCACGCGCUCCAUUCGCUGGUUGAGGCAGCCGCUCAACGAGCAUCUGCACUCGGGCAAGCCCGAGCGCUCGCUCACCAUCGCCAAGCGCUCCACCGCCGGUCGCAACCACCACGGCCACGUCACCGUGCGCGGUCGCGGCGGCGGUCACAAGCGCCGCAUCCGCCUCGUCGACUUUUACCGCUGGGAGAGCGGCGAACAGCACGUACUGCGCAUCGAGUACGAUCCCGGCCGCAGCGCGCACAUUGCGCUGAUCGAGCAUAAGCAGUCCAAGCGCAAGAGCUAUAUCCUCGCUCCGGAUGGGCUGCGUGCGGGUGAUACCGUGCAGAGCUACCGUCUGAGUGGCGCAAACGAGGCCAUCUCGCGCGCCGCCAAUAUCACCGACGAAGAGGUGUCGGCGGAUGGCACGCUGCUGUCCACCGAAGCGCUCUCCACCGACCCGGCUGCGCCACAGACGGCUGUGGAGCCAUCGGCAGCAUCCACCGAUUCGGGCGCGGGCACAAGUUCGUCGCUCGACCUCGGAAUUUUCCGCACGCAGGCGAUUCGACCGGGCAACUUCCUCCCGCUCCACCUCAUCCCCAUCGGCACCACCAUCCACUCGAUCACGAUGCACCCGCGGGGCCCUGCCAAGAUGGUUCGUUCCGCGGGAACGUUCGGCCAACUCGUUGCGUUCUCUGCACGCAGCGGUGCGGGCGAGUCGCAUGCGCAGGUUCGACUGCAGAGUGGCGAGGUGCGACUGAUCCCUUCGCGGUGCUGUGCGGCGAUUGGCACGGUGAGCAACAAGGAUCACCAGCACCGAAGGCUGGGUAAGGCAGGUAGGAGCAGGUGGCUGGGUCGACGACCCAAGGUGCGCGGUGUGGCGAUGAACGCCUGCGACCACCCACACGGCGGUGGACGUGGUAAGAGCAAGAGUAACAUGCAUCCUCGCUCUAUUUAUGGCCAUCUCACCAAGGGUGCGCGUACGCGCAAGCCGGGCACGCGCAGCGGCAACCAGAUGGUGGUGCGCGAGCGUCCGCGCAGGAACGGAAAGCGUCUCGGCAAGCCCUAA